GCCGCCGCGCCGGCCGCACGUCGCCUCGAGCCCGCCGCCCCGCCCCCGUGCGCGCGCCGCCCCGCACGAUACACCCCCGACCGCUUACCGCUCGGACCUAACAUGAACUAUACUCCCGUGAUCACUCGACUCAGAAGCGGUAGACCCCGUGCCGCGCCGGUGGCCGCGCGCGCCCGCGCCAUGGCUCUGCACCGCUAACUGUGCCGCCCAACAACCAUACGCCACGAUACGUGGCAGUGACAAUGAGGGAUGCGCGCGCCCGGCGCUAGUGUGUGAGUGUGUGUGUAUGUGCGUCGGUGGAGGCAUGCGGCGGCGCGGCCGGUAGCCGGCAGCAUGGAGGACGAGCGGCGGCUGUCGUUCCCCGCGCCGGCGCCGCUGCACUCGCCCGGCGAGGAGAUCGACGGCUCCCGGCUGCUGGGCGAGAUCGUGCGCACGCUGGAGGCCACCAACCCCGAGGCGGCGGCGCCGCUGGCGGCCAGCCAGUCGCGCGAGACGCUGGACGAGCUGGCGCGCGGGGAGCGGCCGCGCCCGCACGAGCUGCGCCUGCCGCUCGAGGGGGUGAAGUUCGACAAGUCGGCGGCGGGCAAGGGCGAGGAGCCGCGCGCCGCCGUGACGCCCUUCACGCGCGAGUCGGCGCGGCGCGCGGGCUCGCGGGGCGCGCAGCUGGUGCGCGAGUUCGGCUUCAUGCCGCGCCGCCGCCUGUCCGUGGAGGACGGCGCGCGUCUGCCGCGCAAGUACGAGCCCUUCCCGCCCACGCUGUACGGACGCCCGCUCGAGGAGAUCGACAACUUCAUUUACGAUGAGACGUUCUGCGUGGUCUCGAAGCGGUUCCGCAAGAACUACAUCCACCGGUUUACGGCGACCAGGUCGCUGUUCUGGUGGUCGCCGUGGUCGCCGGUGCGCCGCGCCUGCGUGUACCUGUCCACCAACCAGUUCUUCGACUACAUCGUCAUGGCGACCAUCUUGUUCAACUGCGUGUUUCUCGCUAUGAGUGAGACGAUUGAGGAGGCUGAAUACAUCUUCCUCGCGAUCUACACCGCCGAGAUGAUCAUCAAGUGCAUCGCGAAGGGCUUCAUCCUGAACAAGUACACGUACCUGCGCAACCCGUGGAACUGGCUGGACUUCGUGGUGAUCACUUCGGGGUACGCCACCAUCGGCAUGGACGUGGGCAACCUGGCCGGCCUGCGCACCUUCCGCGUGCUGCGGGCGCUGAAGACUGUCUCUAUCAUGCCUGGCCUGAAGACCAUCAUAAACGCGCUGCUCCAUUCCUUCAAGCAGCUGGCAGAAGUCAUGACGCUGACCAUCUUCUGUCUGAUGGUGUUCGCGCUGUUCGCACUGCAGGUCUACAUGGGGGAGCUGAGGAACAAGUGCGUCAAGAACGUCGUCAUACCGCCGGGGGAGAACUUUACCGAGGAGCUGUGGACCACGUGGACGCGGGACCCUUCGCACUGGAUGGUGAACGAUGAGGAGGUGCCUAUAAUCUGUGGCAACCUCACGGGAGCUAGGCACUGCCCCGCCGAGUAUACGUGUCUGUGUGUGGGGCCCAACCCUAAUCAUGGUUAUACGAACUUUGACAACUUCCUGUGGUCCAUGCUGACAACGUUUCAGUUGAUCACCCUGGAUUAUUGGGAGAAUGUGUAUAAUAUGGUGCUGUCGUCGUGCGGGCCGAUGUCGGUGUCGUUCUUCACGGUGGUGGUGUUCUUCGGCUCGUUCUACCUCAUCAACCUGAUGCUGGCCGUCGUGGCGCUCAGCUACGAGGAGGAGUCGCAGAUCACGCAGGAGGAGCGUAAAAAGGACCUGAACGACCACCGCGACGACUCCACAUUCAGCUUCGACCCCACGUCGCUGGCGGUGCGCACGCUCGGCAAGGACUCCAAGAAGCGCAUCGACGCGCGCAAGGGCCUGCUACUGGCCAGUUAUAGCAGGAAGCGCACGCGCAGACGCAAGCGCGGACGGAGCGCCAUACACCACACUGCUGCCAUCCAAGCUGUGGCUGAGAGGUCUCGGUCGCGGUCUCACUCGAGGUCAGUGACCCCGAGUGCGUCGCCGCCGCCCCCGCUGCCGCCCCCGCCGCCCCCGCAGCAGCCACCGCACACUCUGCAUCCUGAUAAUGCCUUAUUAGGGCGCGGGGCACUAGGAGCAGCGGGUAGACAGCUAAGCGACCACAGCAACAACCGCGAGUCGUCGCUCGACGACAGCGGCGUGGUCGACGACCACGACGACGGAGAGCACACGUCGGACGACCAGGCGCCGCACGCGCCGCACCCGAGACGCGCCCACCUGCACGCGCAGAUACCGACACACGUGCCCGUGCUGCCGCCGCCGCCGCCGACCCCGAUACCACCCGCGCACCAGGAAAAAAUAGAACCUUUAAAGUUAAAAGGAGGUGCGAGGACAGAAAAGCAAAUGGAAAAACCGAAAAAGAAUGAAAAAGGCAGCAUACAAGAGAAAUACCCUCUCAAUCCUGACUACCUCAACCAGAUAGUUGUACUAGGGGCGGACUGGCCAUACAAGCGCGCGCCCGCAAUCCCGCUCCCGCCUACGGAGCCGACGAGAAUUAAUGAGCUCAGUUUAUUGGCAGCAACAGCGCACAAAUCUCAUAUGAGCAAUUACGAGCAUAAUUGCACUUACUUCACAGAUGAGCUCAUGGAUAGAAAUUGUGAGUGUUGCGUCACCUGCUGCAUAGACUACGAGGGGUGGCUACAGUUUCAAAACUGUUUGUAUGGAAUCGUAAAAGACCCAUUAUUUGAGCUAUUCAUUACAACAUGCAUAGUUCUCAACACGUUAUUUCUUGCGUUGGAGCACCAUGGCAUGAGCGAGAACGUUAGAUCUGCAUUAGAUAUAGGAAAUAAGGUGUUUACGUCAAUAUUUACGUUAGAGUGUAUGAUGAAAGUAAUGGCGAUGAGCAAGGAUUUUUUUGCCUGCGGUUGGAAUAUUUUUGAUUUGAUAAUCGUCUCUGCAAGUCUACUUGAUUUGAUAUUUGAACUUGUUGAUGGUUUAUCUGUGUUAAGGGGUCUUCGCUUGCUAAGAGUGUUAAAAUUAGCACAAUCAUGGACUACAAUGAAAGUGUUAUUGAGUAUUAUAAUAUCUACCAUUGGUGCUCUUGGUAAUUUGACAUUCGUGUUAGUGAUAGUUAUUUACAUAUUUGCUGUAAUCGGUAUGCAGCUUUUCUCUAAGUCAUACACACCUGAUAAAUUUGAACCGGACCCUGUUCCCAGGUGGAACUUCAACGACUUCUUUCAUUCUUUUAUGAUGAUAUUCCGGAUUUUAUGUGGAGAAUGGAUUGAGCCUCUUUGGGACUGCAUGAGAGCAGAACAGAAAACUGGUGCCGAGAGCUGUUUUUUUAUCUUUUUACCAGCACUUGUGAUGGGCAAUUUCAUGGUACUUAAUCUCUUCUUGGCCUUGUUGCUCAACAGUUUUAAUAGUGAAGAACUUAAGAAUAAAAAAGAGGAAGUAGGAGAAGACUCCAAGCUAGCAAAAAGUUUCGACAGAAUACGUUCAAUUGUAAGAAAAAAGGGAUUCCUCAUAUCGAAAAGUAAAGAGACUGAAAAGAAAUCUAAAUUAGAAGAGCUAGUUAAUGAAUACAUGGCACAUCAUCAAAACAUUAAGGACCAGAAAGCGUCUAUUGCUAGCGAAAAUCGAUAUUCAUCGCCACUACAAGAGACAGUUUUAUUUCCACAUGAUAAUAUUUAUAGUCAUAGUUAUCAAGAAGCUUUAAAAAGACCUGUAUCAGUAGGUUCAGACUUCGCGUAUCCACAUAUCUUUCAGUCUGGCAACAAUGUACAUGGUAGUCAAGAAACUUUAAAAGACGUUCGGGAUUUAGCUAUAGAACAUAAGAUAACUAGUAUAAGGGAGGACUCUAAGGAAAACUUAGAUGAAGCUGUAACAGAACAAGGUCCCACGCCGAGGCUAUUAAAUCAGAUGUCAUCGGGAUACCAUACACAACCUUCUGAUUCACGAGACGACACAGAACACUACGAAAUGGCACAUUUUUCAACAAGAACCACCCCAGAGAAGAUCAGGAGACAGCAUGAACCUCCAAAUACAUUAUGUAAGAAUUCAGUAACUAGGCCUGAUGAUACAGAGAUGAAACAUCCAUGGCAAACACUAGUAUCAUAUGUAGAUGAAAUUACAGUUGGGGGAAGAAAAAACUCCAAAGGCGAAUAUGCUGACCCAAAUUGUAGUUUCCCUGGCUUCGGCAAGCAGAAAGAAUCAAAAGUGCCCCAAGAUUGUUACCCUCGUCAGUGUUACGAUGCUUGCUCUUGCUGGGAUACUCUUAUAGCUACUAAAAUGGGUCAGCGCUGGAUGUGUGUCCGUACGUUCAUAUUACGAUACGUGGAUACUCCAGCGUUUGAGUGGUUCGUCUUGGUACUCAUAUUCGCUUCCAGUAUUACCCUCUGCUUUGAGGACAUUCACUUAGAGAAGAAUCUACCGCUGAAGAAAAUCCUCUAUUGGACCAACUUCGGCUUCUGCAUGAUCUUCGUCAUAGAAAUGUUUCUCAAAUGGAUAGCAUUGGGUUUCUUCAGAUAUUUUACGAGUUUCUGGACGUUGCUAGAUUUUACUAUAGUUUUUGUAUCAGUAUUUAGCUUGCUAAUAGAAGAAAAUGAAAACCUUAAAGUGCUAAGGUCGCUGAGAACGCUUAGGGCGUUAAGGCCACUAAGGGCGAUAUCCCGGUGGCAAGGCAUGAGGAUCGUGGUAAAUGCGCUCAUGUACGCCAUACCAAGUAUCUUCAACGUAUUAUUAGUUUGUUUAGUCUUCUGGCUCAUAUUUUCCAUAAUGGGUGUGCAGUUUUUUGGUGGAAAGUUCUAUAAAUGCGUGGAUGCCGAUGGAGAGUUGUUACCAUUAGAAAUAGUGAACGAUAAAUGGGAAUGUUACUACAAUAACUUUACAUGGAUCAAUUCUAAAAUAUCGUUUGAUCAUGUCGGUAUAGCAUAUUUAGCAUUGUUUCAAGUAGCAACGUUUGAAGGGUGGAUGGAAGUGAUGGCGGAUGCGGUGGAUGCGAGAGGGGUCGAUCUACAGCCGGCGAGGGAGGCUAAUCUUUACGCUUAUAUUUAUUUUGUCAUAUUUAUUGUUUGUGGAUCGUUCUUCACACUCAACUUGUUCAUAGGAGUAAUUAUUGACAACUUUAAUAUGCUCAAGAAGAAGUACGAAGGAGGGGUACUAGAGAUGUUUCUAACAGAAAGUCAGAAACAUUACUACACAGCCAUGAAGAAAUUAGGAAGAAAAAAGCCCCAAAAGGUCAUAAAAAGGCCAAGGAACCAGUUUCUUGCCAUGUUUUAUGACCUCUCGAAUUCUCGACGUUUCGAGAUAGCUAUUUUCGUACUCAUCUUUCUGAAUAUGUUGACGAUGGGGAUCGAACACUAUGAUCAACCACAUUCUGUUUUCUUUAUAUUAGAAGUUAGUAAUGCUUUCUUUACAACAGUAUUCGGUCUAGAGGCCAUAGUUAAAAUUGUCGGUCUACGGUACCAUUACUUUACGGUGCCAUGGAACGUUUUCGACUUCCUGUUAGUGCUGGCUUCAAUACUGGGCAUCCUCAUGGAGGACAUUAUGAUAGAUUUGCCCAUCUCACCCACGCUGCUGCGAGUAGUCCGCGUCUUUCGAAUAGGGAGAAUUUUAAGACUGAUUAAAGCCGCUAAAGGCAUUAGGAAACUGCUAUUUGCGCUGGUCGUCUCCCUGCCAGCGCUCUUCAACAUCGGUGCGCUACUCGCCUUAAUAACCUUCAUUUAUGCUAUAAUUGGAAUGUCAAUUUUCGGUAACGUUAAAGAGCAGGGUGCCUUGGAUGAUAUUGUCAACUUUCAAACAUUUGGAAGAAGUAUGCAGCUGCUUUUUCGUCUUAUGACUUCAGCUGGUUGGAACGACGUGCUAGAAUCGUUGAUGAUCCAACCUCCCGACUGUGAACAGGGUGACCCUGGCCACCACAACGGGAACUGCGGAAGCCCCCUUUUAGCUAUAACUUACUUUACAUCGUUUAUCAUCAUAAGUUACAUGAUCGUAAUCAACAUGUACAUAGCCAUCAUUCUUGAAAACUUCAACCAAGCGCAUCAAGAAGAAGAAAUUGGAAUAGUAGAAGAUGAUUUAGAAAUGUUCUAUAUUAGAUGGUCUAAAUAUGAUCCUCAUGCAACCCAAUUCAUUAGUUUUGCUCAACUGUCAGAUUUCAUCGCCUCGCUAGAUCCUCCUUUAGGUAUAUCGAAGCCCAACACUGUUGCUCUGGUGAGCUUUAACUUGCCCAUCGCCAAAGGCUUCAAGAUCCACUGUUUGGACAUCCUCCAUGCGUUGGUCAAACACGUGUUGGGGCAUGUGGAAGAGACGGAGACGUUCAGGCAACUUCAGGAACAGAUGGACAUUAAGUUUAAGAAGCAGUUUCCGACGAGGAAAGAGUUGGAGAUUGUAUCAUCAACAAGAAUAUGGAAGAGAGAGGACAAAGCCGCAAGAACUAUUCAACGGAGUUUUAGGGAUUAUAUUAAGCGUAAAAACCAUACUCCGUCGAACGAAGAGGAAAGCACAAAGUGGUCUCCAGGAGGCGGGUGGGGUGGUCGCCUGAGCGCCUUGCUUCAUGUCCGGAGGGCGUCCCACUGUUCCAGCAGGAAGUCAUCACGGGCCUCCGACGCGUCAGACUUGAGCGAGCUCGGAGGGGCCUGGCUUAACUUGCCUCUCUUACUGCUGCCGGGAGCCAACAAUGAACAGUCUUCCUGCCAGGUUGCGGCCCCGGCCGAGACGGCGUCGGCGCCGGCCCGGCGGCGCUCGGCGUACGGUUUGCCUUUGUUCCUGCGACACCAGGACGCGGUGGACGAAGAUGGCGUCCCGAAACGAGCAGGUUCCCUUCGUAUAACGUCUCGGCGGAGCUCGGCCCGGCGUGCCACGUCGCCAGCGCGCGCGCGCACGCCCUCUCCGCACGCCAGCAGCGCGGUGAGCAUACUGGUGACUGAGGCGUCCCCGGACGCCGGCCCCGCGCCCCCCGCGCCCCCCACCGUGGUUCGCGUGCUCGUGCACCGCGAGAGCGACGAGCAACCCAGCUGAUGCUCGCCCGACGACGCUCGCGACCCCGAGCCUAGUGUGUAACCUCGUCGCCAAUAAUUGGACGGACGAACUGUGUUCUGUGUUCGAAACCCACGUGAUAUUUAACGGUUAGUCGCAAUGAUCGAAUCUGUUUAGCCAUUCGGCGUAAGGAUUCGGUAGGUCGGUUUAUUGAUUAUUGUUUAAAGAUUUUUUGCUAAUCGCGGUUUAGUAACGGAUAGUUUUAGCCUGAUUUAGUUGAAUGUGAAAAGCCUCUAUAGUAAUUUGAGAGUUCACAUCUAAAAGUUAUUGUAAUUAAAAUGAAAUAAUAAUAAAAAAAAAACAUUUAAAAUGACUCUUCAGUAGUAGCUAGGAUAUUGAAUUUAAUAUCGGCUAACAGAAAACCAGAUACUUCCCAACAGUUAUAUUUUUUACCAAUUAAAAGUAAAGUCUCUGGUUUGCAACCGCGCGCACACACACGUCAGAUUAUUUAAAUCUUUUAUUUGUUUGGGUUGUAUUUUUUUCUAAAAUACUUAUUUAUAGGUACAUAUUCAUUUGUUUCAAAUCCUUUUUUUUAAGUUGAGAAUGAAAGUUAGUCCCACUCCUCUGUGACUCAUAUAGGUACACCCCUCUUUUUCCGUCGGGGGUUAAAAAUACCUACGUGCAUUAAAUAAUGUUCAUGGUAGAGUUGUGAAAAUUGUGACACCGUGGAUAAUUUUAGGAUCAGUCUAAGUAUUAUGCUUAUUAGAUACGCGCAAAUAGGGAUAUAAGCGAGAUUUUAUACUUUACCCGACUUUAAGUUGAUAGACAUCUAGUGGCAAGUUGAAAUAAUUGACGGCCACUGCGCAAUUUACGCAAACGGAAAUGUUUGGGCGCUUAUGGUCAGACACAUAGCUCUCAGAAGUCAGAGAUAGACAAAAGACUAAGGACCUGUUUCACAAUGUCUGCAUACUGGCUACCUGUCACUAUCUAAAACAUAAUUACAGAGAGUGGCAGGCUGUCUUUUAUCGCACAGGGUAGCCACUAUCCAGACAUUGUGAAACAGGCCCUAAGUAUAUUAAUACCCAAUACAAAAUUUGGUUUGUUAGCUAUGUUUCUGUGACCAUAAUUUUAACUUUUUGUUCAUGACGCUGCAUGGCAGGACACGUCCGAAUGUAAAUAUCAAAAUGUCGCUAAAUACGACAAUAUGAUUGGUGGGACGUGCAUUAUAUGGAUUUAUCUACGUAGAUAGAGGAUGCCGUGCAGCGGAGACAUUAUUUUAAAUAGCUUACGCAUCGCGCCACAAUCAAAAGCGCAAAAUAUUAUUUUACAUUAGGUAAGUAUUUGGAGACCGAAAUCUCGAAAGUGGUUGUAAAUACGAAAAUGUACAUACUUAGUUAACGUUUGUAGUCGAGUAUGACUGAGGAAGAGUCACAGUACCUAUCAAUUAUUAUGUAGUAGACAGACGAAUAGGGAGUUCCUGAUUAUUAUUACUACACCGUCAGUUUCUCGACGUAAUCAGGAUUGUGAUUACAAACUAGUCUUGUUAACGUAUAAAGUACCCAAGUACAUGAAAGUCGCCGAUGAAAAUUGCAGGGCUCUUCCUAUCCGUACGGAACAAGCAUGGGCGUUAUGUUAUGUUACAUACAAAUCCUUUUUACUCUAUGAGAAACUGAUAGGUGGUUUGGAAUGACCCUUAUUAUACAGUUGCCUUACCUACUGAACCUCCACUUAUAGAAUACAUAUAAACAAUUUAAACACCUUCCUUUUAAACUUGCGAAAUUUCAUUAUAUUCACUCUUUGAACGCAACAAUGGUUAUUACACAAAGAUGGCUUUUAUUCAAUUAAAUGUUGGCAAGAAGUACCUAUUAAAAAAAUCAAAUUUAAAACGUUCAAUAAAUUUACAGAAUUAAAUAGAAAAAGUAUGUAGAUAUUUUCAGAGAAUUUUGCAGUCAAAGCCAUAGCGAAGCACUGAAAUACUUCUUUUGUAAUUCGGGGAUCCGAUAGUCGUAGAAAUAUUAAAUAUAAUUGAAAUUUUCUUAAAAAGACAAUAGUAUUAAUAGAUGAAAGCUAGACUCUGUAACGGCUUUUUGGCCCCAAAUAUGUUUCUACGAGCUUGUUCCAACAGACUUUAUCAAUAUUAGAUACUUAAUUCUUACUUAUUGACGUAGAUUUUUCUAUACUAAAAAUAAAAUCUUACCUAAAUAUGCUACCGUAAUUUUUGUUUCGAUAAAAUAUAUUUAAAAAAAUAACAUAAACAGUACAAUGACAGUAUACGGCACCUUAUGAGAUAAAUCAUAAUAUCUAUAGGCAUACUUUCAUACAUUUCUUCAAAACAUGUUUGGAUUUUACCUUUUAAAGUUGAAAAUAAAUCGGCUAAUGAAAAAUCUUCUCAUUGCAAUCGUAAAUCGAUUGCUAAGGCGGCGACUGACUUGUAUAAUUAGUACACACUACACAGUAUAAGGCAGAUAAAUCUGACCCCUCUCAGAAGCAUUGUUACUAUGAGACAGGGGUCAGGUUUC